GCCGCCGAGGGGCCGGGCCGGCGGCGGGGGAGGCGCCGAGCCGGGACUGCGCUCGCCCGCCGCGCUCUGGGCUGCCCGAACGAGCGGCCGGACCUCGCGCCCCGCGCGCUCCGCGCCACCGCCGCCGCCGGCUUUUGUUGUCUCCGCCUCCUCGGCCGCCGCCGCCUCUGGACCGCGAGCCGCGCGCACCGGGACCUUGGCUCUGCCCUUCGCGGGCGGGAGCUGCGCAGGGCCCGGCCGGGAUCCGGGAGAGGCGCGAGUGGGGGCCCGGGGGGGCCGCCGGCCCCGCCAUGGAGCUCCGGGCCCGAGGCUGGUGGCUGCUGUGCGCGGCCGCCGCGGUGGUCGCCUGCGCCCGCGGGGACCCGGCCAGCAAGAGCCGGAGCUGCAGCGAGGUCCGCCAGAUCUACGGAGCCAAGGGCUUCAGCCUGAGCGACGUGCCCCAGGCGGAGAUCUCGGGUGAGCACCUGCGGAUCUGUCCCCAGGGCUACACCUGCUGCACCAGUGAGAUGGAGGAGAAGCUGGCCAACCGCAGCCGCGCCGAGCUGGAGACCGCGCUCCGGGACAGCUGCCGAGCCCUGCAGGCCAUGCUCGCCGCCCAGCUGCGCAGCUUCGAUGACCACUUCCAGCACCUGCUGAACGACUCGGAGCGGGCGCUGCAGGACGCCUUCCCCGGCGCCUUCGGAGAGCUGUACACGCAGAACGCCAGGGCCUUCCGCGACCUGUACGCGGAGCUGCGCCUGUACCACCGCGGCGCCAACCUGCACCUGGAGGAGACGCUGGCCGAGUUCUGGGCCCGCCUGCUCGAGCGCCUCUUCAAGCAGCUGCACCCCCAGCUGCUGCUGCCCGACGACUACCUGGACUGCAUGGGCAAGCAGGCCGAGGCGCUGCGGCCUUUUGGGGAGGCCCCCAGAGAGCUGCGCCUGCGGGCCACGCGUGCCUUCGUGGCUGCUCGCUCCUUCGUGCAGGGCCUGGGUGUGGCCAGUGACGUGGUCCGGAAGGUGGCUCAGGUACCCCUGGGCCCGGAGUGCUCACGGGCUGUCAUGAAGCUGGUCUACUGUGCUCACUGCCUGGGGGUCCCUGGCGCCAGGCCCUGCCCCGACUAUUGCCGAAACGUGCUCAAGGGCUGCCUCGCCAACCAGGCCGACCUGGAUGCCGAGUGGAGAAACCUCUUGGACUCCAUGGUGCUCAUCACCGACAAGUUCUGGGGCGCGUCAGGUGUGGAAAGUGUCAUCAGCGGCGUGCACACGUGGCUGGCAGAGGCCAUCAACUCCCUCCAGGACAACAGGGACACGCUCACAGCCAAGGUCAUCCAGGGCUGCGGGAACCCCAAGGUCAACCCCCAGGGCCCCGGGUCUGAGGAGAAGCGGCGCCGGGGCAAGCUGGCCCCAAGGGAGAGGCCACCCUCAGGCACGCUGGAGAAGCUGGUCUCUGAGGCCAAGGCCCAGCUCCGCGACGUCCAGGACUUUUGGAUCAGCCUCCCAGGGACACUGUGCAGCGAGAAGAUGGCCCUGAGCACUGCCAGUGACGACCGCUGCUGGAACGGGAUGGCCAGGGGCCGCUACCUCCCCGAGGUCAUGGGCGACGGCCUGGCCAACCAGAUCAACAACCCGGAGGUGGAGGUGGACAUCACCAAGCCGGACAUGACCAUCCGGCAGCAGAUCAUGCAGCUGAAGAUCAUGACCAACCGGCUGCGCAGUGCCUACAACGGCAACGAUGUGGACUUUCAGGAUGCCAGUGACGAUGGCAGCGGCUCGGGCAGCGGCGAUGGCUGUCCAGAUGACGUCUGUGGCCGGAAGAACAGCAGGAAGAGCUCCAGCUCCCGGACGCCCCUGACCCAUGCCCUCCCAGGCCUGUCAGAGCAGGAAGGGCAGAAGACCUCAGCUGCCAGCUGCCCCCAGCCCCCCAGCUUCCUCCUGCCCCUCCUCCUUGCCCUGGCCCUCACAGUCGCCAGGCCCCGGUGGCGGUAACUGCCCCACGGCCCCAGGGAUAGAGGCCAAGGACUGACUUUGCCAAAAAUACAAAACAGACAAUAUUUAAUUCCCCUCGGCCCAGGGAGGCCUGGGGUGGGACAGGGAGGGCCGGUGGCUCUGAGCAGGGGUGGCCCCCGGCCUGGCCUCGCCUGCCUCUCUGCCUUUUAAUUUUGUAUGAGGUCCUCAGGUCAGCUGGGCACCAGUGUCCCCACAAGCCAUGUAUUUCAGGGACCUCAGGGGCACCCCCAGCUCCCUGCACCGCUGCAGAAGCAGCGCCUCAAAGCAACCCGCUGGAGCCACGGCCAGCCUGUGCCUUCCUCCCCACCUCCCGCUGGGACUCCCGCCCGAGCCCCCCAGCCAGGUCUGGCCCACCCCUCAGCCUCAGAGAAGCCCCACAAGGGCCGUCUGAGUGACGACCGUCUAGCGGAGCCUCUGAGACGCAUGAUGCCCUCCCCUCCACGAAGCUGCAGAGCCCAGCCCCCACCUCCCCGUGUCGUUGAGGGGCCCCGGGUCUGCAGGGUGGGCUGGGAAGGCGCCACGGCUGGGGAGCCUCUGAGGACUCUGUCCUCCCCCUCCCUGCGGCGAGGGGCCCUCCACGCUCAGAAGAGGGGCCACUGACCCACCUGGGCUUCUGCUGGAGGCGCGGGAGCUGGGCCAAGCGUGGCCUCCACGGAUGUGGGCUGCCCACUUAUACACGGGGCUCACAGGGCAGGCCUUGCUGGGGUCCGGGGCUGCGUGAGGACCCCAAGGGCUGAGGAGCAGCCUGGACCCACCUGCUCCCACCUUCACCCAGCUCAGGAACCAGGGCCUCCCUGUUCAGGGUGACACAGGCCAGGGCUCACAGCUCACAGGGACCCGCGGCUGUCACCUGCUCACAGGGCUGCUGGUGUCUGGGGAGACGCAGUGCUGCAGACAGGAACGCCUAAGUCCCUUCCCGACCCGGCCAGCUGCAGGGGACAGGGGACUUGGAUAGUUAAGGGCUUUUCCAAACAUGCAUACAUUUACUGACAAUUCCUGUCCUCGUUCACUGAGAGCUGUUCACUCCUCCCAAAUAGCUUUGGAGGGACAUGGGGCCCUCCUUGGACCCUGGCAACCUCCUGUAUCGCUGAGGCCAUCAGGACCCUGGACAGGCCCUCCCUCCUGUACUCCAGGCGGCCCUAGGGAGGGGUGGCCUGUUGGGAAGGAGUCCUGCAGGGGGAGGAGGACUCGGGGUCUGGGGCCACCGUCCUGACCGCGCUGACCCUGAGGAGGCCGCUUAGUGCUGCUUUGCUUUUCAUCACCGUCCCACGGUGGAUGGAGGUCCCGGUCGCUGGUCAGGUCCCCGUGGCUUCUGUUCUCUGGAGCCUGACUUCAGACGUCUUGGGUUCAGGACCCCCUGACACAGGCAUGUCUACCCCAUAAUAACCCUGCCAGUGAUGGGGUGGGUGGGAGACUGGUACAGCAAUGCCAGGCGCCAGGACAGCAGCGCUCCUGCUGCACACGUACAGCCUGGGGACGGCGCCAAGGCCCCCUGCGCCCACCUGUGGAGGGGCAGCCCUGGGUGGUCACUGGUCAGGGCAGUGGCCCAGCCUGCGUGUCCUUCCUCCACGACGCCCCCCACCGCUCAGUGUCAGCGGGUGCCGUGUGUUCUUUUGAGUCCUUGUAUGAAUAAAAGGCUGGAGACCUACA